AAAAGAAAAAAAAAUCUGCCCCGAACGAAGACCAGUACAGGAGACUGUGCAGAAGGUAGAGAGCUCAUUGCUUUUCUUCUUUACUUCUGCCAUUCUCUCUGUCUACUGUAACAAGAGAAAGAGAUCAGGUAAAGAGCCAAAAAGCAAUGAAGGGAGAAAAAAUGUCCCCUUUGAUUAGCAUUGCUGUUUCCUAUUGUCAAUGAAAGAGAAAGAAUCUCCUGCUAUCCCCUUUUUUAUUCCUUGCUUUUCCUUUCCUACAACAGACUUCAUUUGCAGUGUAGUGUAUUAGUAGAUGUCUCUUGCUUGCUUCAUAAUCUAUUAACAACUCUUCGUUAAACACAACUCUUUCUCCUCUACUGCCCUGGUAGGGUAUCUAAAGUUGCUCAUGUAUCGCCCAACUAAGCUUGAGGUUAGUGGUGGCGGUGGUGGGCAAGUUCUAGAUCUAGAAACAGCCGUGAAAGAUGGCAUUUUAGGCGGUGAUGCUUGCGGUCCAAUUUAUACUAGUGUUGCAGACAAACUGGAUCUGAAGAAAAUGAUACAAGAGCUGGAAUCAAUUGAUGUACCAUCUGUGUUUAUCUGUCCAAUUUCUUUAGACCCAAUGAUCGAACCUGUGACUCUCUGCACCGGCCAGACCUAUGAAAGAUCCAACAUUUUGAAAUGGUUCUCUCUGGGUCAUUUCACUUGCCCUACUACAAUGCAAGAACUCUGGGACGAUUCAGUCACUCCUAAUAAUACUCUCCAGCAGCUCAUUUACGCCUGGUACUCCCGCAAAUAUGUCAUCAUGAAGAAGAAAUCAGAGGAUGUUCAAGGACAGACUCUGGAAAUUAUGGAGACUUUAAAGAGGGUUAAAGGCCAAGGUAGAGUUCAGGCUCUCAAAGAGCUUAGGCAGCUUGUGAGUGUUCAUUCUACAGCUAGAAAGGCGUUUGUAGUUAAUAAUGGCGUUGGUUUGAUUUCUCUUUUGUUGGGACCUUUCACUACUCAUGCUGUUGGGUCAGAAGUAGUUGGGGUUCUGGUGAGCUUGGAUCUUGAUCGGGAAUCAAAGAACAAUUUGAUGCAGCCAGCUAAAACAUCGUUAAUAGUGGAUAUGUUAAACGAGGGAACAAUUGACACAAAGGUCAAUUGCACAAGGUUGAUUGAAGUUUUAAUGGAAUCCAAUGAUUUCAGUUCUGAAAAAGUGUCUAGCUUGAGUCUUUUGGUUGGUUUGUUGAGAUUAGUGAAGGAUAAGAGGCACCAAAAUGGGGUUCUGGCGGGACUUGGCUUACUCAAAACAAUUUGUUCACAUGAGUCAGUUAGGAAAUCACUUGUCUGCAUUGGAGCAGUUCCACAGUUGGUGCAGAUAUUGCCCUGUUUGAGUAAUGAGUGUCUGGAGUUUGCACUUUAUGUAUUAGAGGUUUUGUCAACAGUUCCUGAGGGAAGAUUAGCUUUGAAAGAUUGUCCUAAUACAAUACCAAAUGUGGUAAAACUGUUGAUGAGAGUUUCAGAGAGUUGUACUCAAUAUGCCUUGUCAAUUUUAUGGACAAUUUGCAAGCUUGCACCAGAUGAAUGUGCUUCACUCGCUGUGGAUGCAGGAUUGGCAGCCAAGCUGCUUUUAGUAUUACAGAGUGGUUGCAGUCCUGUAUUGAAGCAACGGUCUGCUGAGCUCUUGAAAUUGUGUAGUCUAAAUUACUCGGCUACUAUAUUCCUUUCAAAGUGUAAGCUUACAAAAACUAUACAGUGAAGAAAAUGGAAAAAUGUUGAUAUACACAGCGCUUCCUUUUUAUUGUACUUCACUCUCAAUGGACGAAGUUGCUUCUGGGAUUGAACAGAGUUCGAAACUGAGCUCACUGGGGUUCUUGAGGUACCCUUGUCUAUCUUGUGUAUACUAAAGAAGUUCAAUUUUACUAUUGAGUGUACAUGAAGAAGCAUCAUAAAAGCAGAUUACAUGCAAAGUAAUUAAUCCGCUGUCUAUAAGCUGGCAUAUUUGCCCACAUUUACCAAUAAUCCCUUAGUGAGGUUGUGAUUCAAUCUAACCAUUUAUUGCAUAGCUGUUCCAACCAACAAGAACACUGUGUAUGCCUUUGUGGUGAGCGAAAUGGAUGUUGAGCAUGAAAAUGCAGGGCAGAGUACACUUCUACGCAUGUGUCUUGAUUUGUAACGUAGUUAUUUUUCACUGGGUUGCCCUGUGAUAUUGAUCCCUCACUUUUCAUCUCUUCUUUAAAGGGAUUUUUGGGGUUCAAAAAGGUAUUUGAUUUUUAGUUUCCAUUUGUGUAGAGUUUGUAGAUCUUUUUGGACUUCUGAUGUAAAACUUAUGUACAAUGAACACCCAUUUGUUAUUUCCAUGAGACAUGAUUAACAUCUAGUGAAUUGCUCCCUCAAA